AUGCGUCUACACUUAAUCGCAAGCAUGCUGGUAGGACUCCUCCUCUCUGGAUCAGUCUCGUCAGCUGUUAUCUCGAAUCCUGAAGAGGGCAUCAUCACCAGGCGGCAAGCAGUCAACAGCAGUGAACUGUCGCUCGUUACUUUCGAGCUCGACGAGAUUUCAGUUGUAUCUACGGGCCAGAGUCUGUACUCCUGCGACCCAGACACAGAAGGGUGCGAGGAGGAGUUAAGACCAGAUGAUACCACUGGAACCUACAACAUUUGUUCAGCGGGUCGGACCUACACAAAAUCUGAGUGUUUCAAGGCAAACAUCCUCAAGGUCUCCUGCCGAGAUAUAAAUGGUCGGGUUUGGCCUCAAUGGGUUCGUUGCGAGAAAACAGAAAUCUGCAUUCAAAACAGCCUCGAGCCUCCAUAUGCCCGCUGCAAGCCGAUUGUCGACCUUGUGCUCUGGUACACUGCCCCGUCUGGCGGAAGUACAAAGAGUGAGAAAUAUGUACAUUCGACCAACAAGGCAUCCAGGACCAGAAUGGGAAACAUGUACUACGACAGCAACUUGAACGCCAUCAAGCUCUUCAAGACAGAGUUCUUCCAUGAACCAGGAUCCCAAGCUGUUGGCAUGGUUGAGGACGCGAACAGGGCCUAUUCCGACAUCGUCAAUUGGGCGACGACCGACAAUAUCAAGGUGGAUAUUGAGACUGGUGGAGCCGGGAGUAUUUCUGUCUACUCCUUCAUCGCCUAA